GCCAGAGCUAAAAGGUCGGUAUAUUUGUGUUAUAUAUUAGCUUCCAACCGGGGCUUUGCCCGCGUGAAAUGUACUUAUUUUCGACUAAUCAAAAGCGCCUGUACCUACUAGUCUUCUUUAAUAAAAACAUAUUUUGAAUUUGAAUUUACGAGUAGGUUUAUUCUUUCAGAAGAAAAAUGAAUACAAUUGAAGUACAGUCGAGUAAACCCAAUGAUGCAGAUAAAGGCCAAGAUAUAUUUUCAUCGUUAAUUGAAGAUUUUGUAAUACCGGAAAAUAGAAUGCAAAGUACUGCAGAGGAAUUGGACGAUAUUCAAGAAUUCGAAAUUGGUGUGGAAUCAAAUGUUUUAACCAAAUCCCUAUUCCGAAUUGAAGGUCGAAGAAUUGUUGACUUUAAUCACUUGUUUGACCAAAUUAAAACAUUAUCUGAUCACAAUCCGGGAUUAGGUUGUUCAAUAAGCAACAUGCAAAUAAUAAGAGAGAAGCUUAUUGGCUUGGAGUCAGUAAUUCACUUCCAAUGUAACAUGUGCAACCAAAAAUUUCAAAUUAAUUCUUGUGAAACUUCACCCGAUGAGUCCAAUGAUAUGACUAUAAAUCAUGCUGCAUUGACUGGCGCAAUGUUAAUUGGCUGUGGACGAACAAACUUAAAUGAGUUAUUAACAGCUAUGGACCUACCCAAAUUGAAUCAAAAAACAUACAAUAAAUGUCAUAGUGACGUAUCCAAUUGGUGGGCAGUUGCUGCAGAAACUAGUAUGAAAGAGGCAGCUAAAGAAGAAGGUGAGCUAGCAAUUGAAAGUGGAGAAAUUAUUGACGGAAUUCCUGCGAUCGUAGUUGUAGCUGAUGCGUGCUGGUCUAAAAGAUCCUAUAGAAAUAAUUAUGCCGCAGCAUCGGGAGCAGCUGCAAUUAUUGGAUUCAAAACUGGAAAAGUCUUAUUUAUGGAAGUAAAAAAUAAAUAUUGUAUAGUAUGCGCCCGAUCUGUAUCAAAAAAUCAGUCGCCACCCAUCCAUCAGUGCACUAGAAAUCAUUUAGGAUCAUCUUAAAGUAUGGAACAAACUAGUAUAGUCGAGGGCUUUAAAACUUCAGUCACCACUCAUAACUUAAUAUACAAAACUCUUAUAGCAGAUGGAGAUGCAAGCACCUAUAAAAAAAUAUUGGAAAGCAGGCCAUAUCCUAAUGUACAAGUGCAAAAAAUUGAAUGUUCAAACCACCUGCUUAGAAACUACAGUAGUAAACUUAUGCACCUACAAAAGGAUACAUCUAUUCCACUUUCCGAAAGAAAACUGCUAACAAAUGAACGAAUAACUAGACUUCGUACAGCCGUAAGAGCAGCAGCUCGCUUUCGCAAUGCUCAGAACACCAGCAGUUCCGAUAAAAUAAUUAAAUUAAGGGAUGACAUAAUUAACAGCCCAAAGCAUAUUUUUGGUGACCAUACUUCAUGUGAUGAUUAUUAUUGCACAGAUGAUAAGAAAGAAGAGCAAAAUCUGGUUUCUUUGGCGAAAUCACUAUUUAGAAAAGUAAUGGUUCACACAACACAAAUUGCUCUAAAUUCGAAAAGCUUGCUAUAUAAUUUAAAUAAUAAUAGAGCCGAACAAUUUAACAGUAUUGUUGCAAAGCACGUAGGUGGCAAACGCAUAAAUUUUUCCUUGAAAAAUUCGUAUACAGCUCGGUGUCACGCUGCAGUUGUAGCUUUCAAUACUGGUAAAGCUCUGUACAGUUUGUACAAAUCAAACUUUGCAAAAAGCCCGAGGAAAUCAAUUAAGGUACUGGAGUCGAGACGUUGUAAGAGCAACCGCAAUCGUAACCUUAGACGUAGACCAGGCUUUAAAAAAAAGCUUGUGUUUCAAAAUGAAAGGAACGACUAUGGCGAGAGAUGCCAAAAGCCGGAUUUAACGCCAGACCAAUAUGAAAUUGCAAAAAAUAUAUUUUUGCAAAACUUGAAAGGCCUGGUAGAAAAGCGUCAUGAGGUAGAACGAGACACAGUUUUACAAGCUGAAAGCGCAUUAUGGCUGGAGCUCCGAAGAUGCCUAUUAACAGCCUCAUCUUUUAGCAAGGUUUGCAAAAGGCGAUGUAAUAUUAGCUCUGCGCCACUCGUGAAGUCUCUCGUCUAUUCCUAUUGUUUGAACAGCGUAACAGCCAUCGAAUAUGGAAAAACUAACGAGAAAACCGCUAUCAAGCAACUGGAGCAGCAGGAGGGUAUCGUUGUGCAAAAAUGUGGACUCUUCAUUGACCAAAAAUAUUUUUUUUUGGGAGCGUCACCAGAUGGUUUAUUCGAAGAAGGGAUCGUCGAAAUGAAAUGUCCCUAUUCGGCGCGUAAUAUGGAUGCUGAACAGGCCAUAAUACAAAAAAAAAUUAAGUUUUGGAAAAUUGAUGGGUCAGUUAAUACCAACCACGACUGGUACUAUCAAAUCCAAGGCCAGCUCCAUGUCAGUCAAAAAAAUGUUUGUCUGUUUGCGGUGUGGACAGGACCAGAAUUCGCCGUGAAGACUACAAAAAUUAUUAGAGACGAUUUAUUUUGGACGACAAAAAUGGAACCAAAAUUAUUAUCUUUUUACCAUAAAUGUCUAUUGCCGGAAAUGAUUGACCCAAGAAAAAGUCGGUCAAUGCCAAUCAGAGAUAUACGAUUUUGAAAUAAAUACUUUUAAACUU